AUGAGCACAUCAAAGCCCAUCCCGAAAGCAUGCAUCUUUGAUAUAGGAGGAGUGGUGGUUGGCUCUCCUUUAGUAGGAAUAAACAAGUAUGAAAAGCAACAUGGAUUACCAUUUAAUUAUCUCAAUGUUGCAAUCACGCAAACGGGCAAAGAAGGAGCCUUUCAACGUUUAGAACGAUCAGAGAUUGAUAUGUAUACAUUUUAUAGACAAUUCGGUGAAGAAUUAAGCAAGACUGAAUUGAUGAACGAAUGGUACAAAGGGUUUUGUAAGAUGCGUGGUAUGCAACCGCCUACUUCGCUGCCCUCUUCCCUCAAAGUGGACGGAAGGGAAUUGUUUGGAAUCAUGAUGCGAGAAUCAACGAGGAUAGAUCCUCUGGUUGCAGAAGCCAUCAAGAGGCUAAAAGCGAGCAAGAAGUUCACAAUCGCAGCUCUCACCAACAACUUCUCGCCUCCAACAACGACAUCCUCAUCGUCUCAUGAAAAGGUGCCAUCAUUGGAAGAAGAGCUAAAGCAUUUAGGGUUGGACAAAGACACUGCGCUGAUCAAGUCAUUCUUUGAUCACUAUAUCGAAAGUGCAGUGACAGGAAUGCGUAAACCCGAGCUAGGAUUUUAUAAACAUGCAUUAGAAAUCGUUCAAGCUAAACCGGAAGAAGUUGUUUUCUUGGACGAUAUUGGAAUAAAUCUAAAAGCUGCUCAAUCACUUGGCAUUCAGACUAUUCGUGUCACUCCAAAAUCUUCCUUGCCCGCUAUUCGAGAAUUGGAAAAAGUGGUUCAAAUGUCACUCAUUUCGGAAGAAGAUGCAAAGAAAGAGGAACAAAGGUUGGCUAAGCUGCAGCAGAAGAAAGACUCCAAGCUAUAUUUGCUCUUUAGAUCCUUCACUUUUAUCGUCGCUACACCUUAUACCACCGCUAUGCCGAAGUCGUUUGACAAUCAGUACGACUUGCCCUAUCCUUGGGCCCGCUCUGCUUUAGCAGUAUGGCACAAAUAUCCCAAUCCUUUCGCUACUCAUGUAGUAUCAAUGGACGUAAUUGAGCAAAGUUAUGAUCCGGAAACAGAUCUACUGCGAGUAGAGAGAGUCCUUGGCGUUCAACAGGGAGCCCCAGGCUGGGCAGUCAAGCUUUUAGGGGGUACAAAAGAUACGUACGUCAGGGAAGUAACGAUGAUCGACCCGUCUAAUCAGUCUUUUGAGAUGACAAGUACAAAUUUGAGUUUAAGUCGUUACCUUUUGGUGAAGGAAUACAUUACUUAUUUGCCAAGUAAAGCAAUCGGCGCAAGUCUACAUCAACCGGCGGGCAUGACAACUUUCACACAAAAGGCGUUGAUCGAAUGUACAGGACUUUCGGGAGGAAUGUUGGAUAAAGCGGCAAAAAAAGUAGAAGAGAUGAGUCAAAGAAGAUUUGGCGAAAAUGCAGAUAAAGGUAAAGAAGAUCAUGCAGGAACGGCAACUUGGUUCAGGCAAGAUAGUGAAGGUUCCUGUGGUCAUUGGAGUAAAGACCAUGAUAUGAUCGUUGCACUUCCUACAUCAAUCAACGGAGAUAAAUAUUGCGGCCAAACGGUUGUGGUAAAAUACAAGAACAAAACCAUUAGAGCCAAAGUUGUCGAUACAUGUCCGCCAUGUGAUUCAAGACAUCUCGAUCUUUCAACAGGAGCAUUUGCUGCUUUGACGGGCGGGAAUUUGGACCUCGGUCUUGUGGACGUCCAAUGGCAUAUCCAAGGAUGA